AUUAAUUUCGUACGGAUUGUUUACACAAAACCCACUCAACGCUUUCGCUAAUGUAGCAAUAAUCACGCUGAAAUGGCCCUGCGACCAUCUCGUGUCAUCAAACAUCGUAAAAUGUGUGUUUGAUCAAAGUUGGCAGGCGAUUAUACCGUCACAAACCGCCCCACGCUCUUGCAUUCAUACGCGAAACCAACGCAAUCAGUGCGUCGGUGGCGGCUGCGCUUAAAAACACCUCUAUCUACCCCAAGAGGCAGUUACUCCACCACCGACCAAGUUACGCAGUUCUUUGCCAACUAUCGAAGAGAUAACAUCCUACAAUUUUAUCGAGUGCCAGCAAACACACAACUAUUGAACAAGUAUCAAGAGGAUUGCGCAAAAAGGUGGUUGCAGUAGUGGUCGAAGGAUGUGGUUGUCGCUGACGGCAUUCUUCGCCGUUUGCGUAUUUCUCGUCGACACUUUGACGAAUCGCGAGUUGGAAUUAAAAUUUCAAUUGAGAACACCAGGCGAAUGGGAAAAAGAAUGGCACCAGGAGAGGUACUCGCGUUGUCGCGACAGUAUCACGCGCCAUCUUCGCUGGGCCUGCGAAAAAGACAUCUACAAACUAAAACGAUCUGAAGCCAGAGAUAUUUUCGCCCUCAAACGCUCCGAAAACAUUCAACCCAAUGAAGAAACCGAAGAUGAAGAAGAAAAAUUCACAAUCAAUAAUGUCAACGCCUUUAAAGACACAGAAAGUCAACCAGAAAUACUCGAAACAGAGGAAUAUGAUAAAUAUCCAUGGUUAAACCAAAAACUAGCGAUGGGACUCAUACGCACCAGGCGUGGACUCUCCAAAAGGUCCGGUGUUAUCACUCAAGAAUGUUGCAGUCCAAAGGAUGCACCUGGGAGGAAUACGCCGAGUAUUGUACGCAAAACAAUCGAAAAGUACCACACAAACGAUACCAGUACGUUUACGACUAUUAAAGACACAUCAAUAAUGAAAUAAGAAAUCAAUUAACAUCAAUAUAUUAUGGGAAAUGUAUUAAGUUUAUAA